ACUGAUUUUAGAAAUGUGUGCCAGACCAAGAUCAAGGAGCCAUAUAAUUUUCAAAAAAAAAAAAAGAUCAAGGAGCCAUAUAUAUACUUGCCGGUAUAUUCAUGUUAUUCAUUGACCAUUCAGGAUAUGGAUCUUUUUAUGAUCCGACCCGGCGGUUCCUACAGCAGCAUUCCUCACGUAGCACGGACAAAAGGAGGUUAUACAACCACGACUUUUGUUUAAGAUGUAUUACGGGAACAUAUCUUUCUUGCAAACCGCGGAGUGUGGGAGACUGAGCACCAGUGAAAAGAAAUGAAUUUAGCGGUUAUAUCCUACACAAACCGCUGUUUCCGAGAAAACUACCCUCCUUUCUUACCCCUCAAUUCCGCACUUGCAGAUUCAUUCUUGGUGAAUCGGCUUUGCAGAUUUUUGUUUGCCUCUGUUCUUGAUCAUGGCCGUGAUUUGCAGGUUAUACGUUUUCUAAUUCUAAGAUGUUAAUUUCUCCGGGUUCUAUUUGUGUUUCUCGAGGGUGUGAUGCUGCACUGGCUAAGAAUAAUGAAAGGGCACUUACUGGUGGUGGGUAUGGUCAAUGGGGGGCCUCUUGAUCAGCAAAGGCUUAUGGGUACGAUCAAGCCUAUUGAUGGAAGGGGAGGUCAUCCUUGUGGUUUCUAUGAAGAAGCUUAACAAGGAUGGAUUUCGGGUUUGUCUUGCAUAGUUGCACUACAUAUUUUUUUAACUAUUAAAUUAUUUUAUUUUGUUUUUCAUAUCGGUGGCAGCCAUCUGUUAAGAAGCUUAACAAUGAUGGAUUUCAGGUUUGUCUUGCACAGUUGCACUGCAUAUUGAUCUCUGUAUCGAGGAUAGUUUACACAAAUAUAUAAGAAUGCCAUAGAUAGUUUUUUUUUUUUUUUUUGUGCCACAGAUAGUGUUGGUUUUAAAUAUGAAAAAAAUGUGGAAACAUCUCUUUACGUGCUUUAGGCCUUCAUUUAUUAUCAUUUCUACACAUUGUAUAUAAGCAGUAGAUUCCAAUCAUUUGCAGUCUUUAGUUUUAUUAAGUUUAUAUUGAACUCAAUUAUAAGAAGUUUCAUGAAAUUUUGCCUUUUACCCCACUUUACUUCUCCACAGAACCAUGGGUCAAAUUGUGCAACUUCCACAGGUCAUCCUUCUUUCUCUGUCAAUUUCACUUUUGGCAUUAACGUGACUGCACCCCAGGUUCCUACCCUCCCGUCAGUAGUUUCUUCGUUGUCAAAGGCAAAUGCAAGCUUUAUUCCAACAAUGCUUUUAACAAUGACGAAGCCCUUAUUGCUGAAGCAGUUAGGAUCUUGAAUGAGGGCCGCUUUUAAAAUUAAUCAAAAAGAUGGAAAUUGAUAGGGAAAGAAUUUUGGGAUGGAGUCCCUGUCAAAAAUAUUCUGGAAUAUGCUGUAUUAGGUUCCCUCUCUGAACUGUUAUACAAAUGGAAUCAAAUUGUUUGCAAGAGAGGAAACUUGGAAAAUUCAGAGCCUUCUGAAACUAGGAAGCAGAGCAAGAAAACAGAGACCCAGUCAUUGUCCUCAUGGUAGUUGAGCAUGUUCUGCUGGAAAUGGCAUUGCUUGAGAAAUAGAAAAUGAUGAAAGGAUACAUGAGAUCCUUCUUUCCUGAUUUCCUUUUGGUUUUGCAUGUCAAGUAGCAUUUACACAGCAAUAUCAUCUGUUAUUAGCUUUCUCUUAAAUGUUUUAGAUGUGCUUAUAAGUUUUAUCCUCUAUUUUUGGUUUUUGAAUACGAUGAGCUUUUGAUCAUUAUUGCAAUUGUUAUCCGAUUGAUUCAUUACAUUCCUUCUUUACCUAUUUAAGUUUUUGUUUUGCAGAAUCAUGAAACUGGGACAAAGAGAAGUUACAGAGAACUGUUGAAAAGCGGUGUAGGAAUUAUUAAAAUACAAACUCAUGGGUGGGAACGGGUACCAAAUCUAAUCAUUUGCAUCAAAUUCGAGAGUGAAGCAGUAUGCAAAAAUUUCUUUUCAGGUUUACUUUUCUUUCUUUCCUCAUUCUAUUAUUUCAAUCAAUAUAUUCAUAAUUUCUGCAUACACUAUAUUUUUUGAUUAUAAAUUGUCCCUUCUCUGACCUUUUAUAUAUAUUCUGGCUAUUUUGGUCUUCAUCACACGGUAUCAUUUUCAGUUUGUCUUCCUAUACGUUUGCACACAAUUAAUGAUUUUAAGAAGAUGUUCUUGAUUACUGCUUGAGGUAUUUUGGUCAGACAUGGUGUUGUUCUCUAUUGUCUUAUCAUUAAUGCUCUUAUUGUAGCUUUUAACCUCUGAUUGGACACAUUUGAUAUUCCAGGUUCGCAUAGAUUCCAAUCACAACUCUUGAAGUGAACAGCAAAAUGAAAUGGGUGGUUUCUAACUGUAGAGGUCUUGCUUCUAAACUGAUUGGUCAAGGAUAUGAAUUGGUUUCUGAUGGGAGUGAUCAUCACUUGGUCCUUGUGAAUCUCUGGCCAUUCAAUGUCAAUGGUGCUCAGGUAGAAAAGAUUCUUAACAUGGCUUCCAUCAUGCUCAAUAAAAAAUCAGUUGCUGAUGAUAAAAGUGAAAUAUUUACGGAGGGCGCCCGCAUUGGAACUCCGGGCCAUGACUACAAGAGGUUUCACACAGAAAGAUUUCAUGUUAGUUGCAGACUCGACGAGAGGAUUAUAUACAUUCUGAGAAAGGUGAUAAAUCGCAGAAUCAAGAUAUGUCUGCACACGGACAUUACACCUGAUCCUAUUCAAACCUUGACUCUCAAACAACCGAAUCAGAAGACUAACACCGAGCAUUUGGAUGUUUUUAUCUCUCUCUGCCUUCCUUGAUCAUGUCCGGUUUCCAUCUCUCUCUUUAGGUACAGGAUUUUCAUUCUUGCACAGAAUGAGACAGAAACUUUUAACUUUAUCCUGGUAGAUCGUGAUGCUAAGAGGAUUAUUGACAAAAAUCAUUGUAUGAUUUAAGUAAACUCUUGCAAUGUAUCUUAUGUUUGUCAAAAUGCAUUCAGUCUGGUGUGAGAGAAAUCUUUCCUUUAAAGAUUAAGGAUAUCGCUUGCAAGGCAUUAACACUGAAAACACAGAUCAAACAUGACAACUUGCUUUUAAAAAGCACAAUAUUCUUUGCACCAUAUGCUUUUGUGUUCGGACUCAGCAGUUCAGCUAGCUUGGAUGGAUCAGCUACUGCGAUGACUAUUUUAAGUAAUGGUGAUGUGAGUUGUGCUGAAUAUUUUUCAAUUCCAAAAGUACAUAUGAAAUCUAUCAUAAUUAUGAUUUAGUUUUACAUCCUUCUUCCUUUGCUGAGCAAUAUGGUUAAUCUUGCACAACCUGGUGACACACCUGUGUCCGUCAAAUCUUCCAGCAAAAAAAUUAACUUGGAAGUCUGAUAACAGUGAUUUGUUUUCAUGGAGACUGGCCUGCAAUCCAUAUGUUUGGCAUCCUCAAUGAUGCAUCAACUAUUCAUUAGAUUUCUUCUUCAUUUGUUCUCAGUUAUUGUUUUUCUAUCUUUUGUUUUGUGCAUCUGAAUUCCAGUCAGUUCAUCACUCUUGAGCAUUUUUUCUUUUGACAUUUGGUUACUAUUGUUUGCACUUCGUUUGAAUUUAAAUGAAAAACUAUCAGAAGUUUGUUUUA